AUGAAUAAAGAUCAAGCAGAAAAAUACCGGGAAAGAAACCUGCGGCAUAAGUACAAUAUUCUACAUGUACUACCAACGCUAAAGUCCAAAGCCUUAUCAGGGCUGUACUAUAAAAAUUUCCAUAAUUCCGUGAAACGAUACCAAAUUACGUUGCCUGAACAACUAAUGAACGGGAAAUUUUGUUCUCAUUGUGGAUGCGUUUAUGUUCCCAAUUUCAACUCAAUGCUGCAGGUGACGACUGGUACCGAGCAAAAUGGCGUGGUCGAACUUAACGUUGAAAGAGCGCAAGCACCAGAAAAAUGUAUCUCAGUGAGUUGUUUGAAUUGUAAAUCGUCUACACUAUUUGAUUGGAAAUCCGAACUCGUUGAACCAGUUGUUGAACGAGAUGUUAAGUUUGCAGCCGAUAGUGCAGGCAACAGAAAUGUUUCCCACAUAGUAGAUAAAGCGCCAAGGGCUAAAAUUAGUAGUGGUAAGGAUAGAUCCAAGAAGAGAAAAUCAAAUUCAUUGACAAAUCUUUUGUCAAAAAGAAACCAAGAAAAAAGGCUGGAAAAGAAAAGAAAUUCAUCAUUAUCGUUAGAUAGUUUUAUGAAAAGUUGA